AAUCCAUAUACAAAUUGCUGUUCAAAAGAAAAAGAAUAUAUAAAUGAAAAAUCAAGUGAUAUAGAUUUAUAUCAAAUAAUGUUAUUUGAAAUAAUUAAUGCAAUAAAUGAAGGAAUUAAUAUACUACCACAAAAAAUUCUAAAAGAUGAACCAUCACAACAAUCAAAACAACCACAAUCACAACAUUUAAAACAACCACAAUUACAACCACAACAACAAAAUAUUCCAUUAACAAAUAUAAUAUUUUCUGAAAUUGAAAUAGUAUAUAAAAUGGAAGAUGUGAUUACUAAUUUAUUAAAAAAUAUGCAAAAUAGUCAAGAUAUAGAUCAUUUUUCUGAUAAAGAUGUUCAAUAUAAUCCAGAUAUAUCACCUGUAAAUUAUAACAGAGAUAUGAUUGUUAAAAGACUUAAUACUAUAAAACAAAUUUUUAAUUUAAUGUAUCAAGCAUUUUUAGGAGCUAAAAAUGAUGAGUUUCUUAAAUAUCAAACUAAUACAGCUCAUUAUUUAGCAAUUUUAUUUGCAGAUUGGAUUAAUGCCAAUGUACCAUCAGGAACAAAUAUUGAUUUAUUAAAUGAUAUUCCAGAAUCUAUAGUUGGUAAUAGACAUCAAAGAAAUGAUGAUAGUAGUGACAAUAAAGAAAGACUAAAAACAAUAUUCAAGAAAUAUUUAUAUAUUACAUUAUAUGAAUCAACAAAAACUCUUAUUAAUGAACAAGAAUUUAAAAAUAUUUUUAUUAAUAAAUUAUUUUUGAAUAAUGAAAACCAAGAACCUAAUGAUAAUAAAAAUUUACCAAAUGAUUCAAAUAAUAAUGAACAACAAUUACCUAAUGAAAAAGAUCAAAAUAAACAAAUUCCUGAUAAUCAGAAUCAAAUUCAUAAAGAAAAUAAAAAACAACAAAUUCCUAAUAAUCAGAAUCAAAUUUCUAAAGAAAAUGAAGAACAACAAAUUUAG